ACUUCACACUCCUCCUUCGCCCUCAGCCAACAGACGCCGAGAAUUCAAAAGCCCGAAUACCCGACCCGACUGUAACUGGGAAAAUGGUGCAGCGGCUAACCUACAGGAAGAGGCACAGCUAUGCCACCAAAUCCAACCAGCACCGCAUCGUCAAAACACCCGGUGGGAAGCUAGUUUACCAGACUACUAAGAAGAGGGCAAGCGGUCCCAAAUGCCCUGUUACUGGCAAGAGAAUCCAAGGGAUUCCACACUUGAGACCUGCUGAGUACAAGCGGUCUAGGUUGUCCAGGAAUAGGAGGACCGUGAACCGCCCGUAUGGUGGAGUUUUGUCUGGUGGUGCUGUGAGGGAAAGGAUCAUUAGAGCUUUCUUGGUCGAAGAACAAAAGAUCGUGAAGAAGGUUUUGAAGAUACAGAAGACCAAGGAAAAGCUUGCUGCCAAGCCUUGAUAAGUGUUCGAGUGUGGUGCUGAGAUAGUUUUGCAUAAUUAGUGAAGGGAAAAUCAUGGAAUUGUAUUUUGAGGUUUACUAAGCUUGAAAUAUGUUAUGUACUUUGUUGGUAUUCUUUCGUAUUUGACUCUUUAUUUUGUCGAAUUCAACUAUUAGUUUUUUUUUUUUGAGUUUUUGGCCGUUUGAAGGCCAAUUGAACUAAUUUGGAUUUUGCUUUUUGUGUUAUUUUAAAAUUUUGGUCCCUUUUA